CCUGAACGAACUGGACGAGCAACAGAAAACUCGCCGGCCAGACUCUUUAGUUUACCAUUCAAGAUAUCUGACAAUACACAUGAAAAGGGAUGUACCAAGGGAUUUCGGAUGUCACGGCUUGAUUACUCUCAGCGUUAGCAAAGGCGAUGUCUGUGACCUGCUUUCUGCGUGGUUGUAUGAGAGUGGGCAGUAAGUAUGUUGCAGCGCACACGGUCCAGAGGAGAUCCCUGUCCGGAGCUGACGCCAUUAACGCACUCAGGCCUUUCUACUUCGCCGUGCACCCGGACUUUUUUGGCCAGCACCCCAGAGAGAGGGAGGUGAACGAAAAUUCGCUCAAGAGGCUAAACGGAUAUUUGGAGAGUCUUCAGAAACCGGGCGCUGUAUCGGUGAAGCCGACGAACCUGACCUUCUACGUCAGGAUCACGAAGGACUACACCGAAAAAAUCGAGCGUGAGCUCCUUCCCACAGGGUUCCGUGCGGUGAGUUUCACACUGCAGAACAGGGAUGUGCUAAGCACGGUGAUGGAUGUGCUCACGUCCUGUAGUCUGUCUGUGGAGCACAUGCAGGAGCUGCUCAAGACCAGCAGUGAGAAUAAGAAGGGCCAGACAGGGUCAGGUACUCCUUUCUAUCGGCCCAUCAAAUGGGACAAGACCUACUACGCCUUCACUGGGAUGAGGGAUCCAGAGGAAGAGCUGGAGCAGGCCAAGAAAGUGGAGGUCACCCUCAGUUUGUGGUUGAGAAACAACGAGCCUGAGGCCACUAAGAAGCAGAACGCAAGUAUGCCCAGGCGAGAAGAGCUGAAGAGACUUAAGAGAGACCUGUGUGAGAAACUGGGCCUGGUGGAUAUCAGGUGGCAGCGUAGGUGGGGAGUGGCACACAAGUGCUGCCAGCUUCAGAGUUUAAGUCGCCUCUCUUUACAGAACCCAGAGGCUUUGCACAUCUUACGAGGGCACACACUUGUUUUCACCGACCAAUCAGGAAUGAACGCCGCAGGUCAUGUGAUGCUGGGAACAAUGGACGUUCACCAUCAGUGGACAAAACUCUUUGAGAGGCUACCCAGUUACUGUAGUCUGCUGCAGCAGACGGAUUGGCUUAAGGAAAGGAUCAGUCACCUGUUGGGCGGGAUCCAGGUGAUCCACAUAGAGAAACUCCGCCCAGUGGCCCCGCUGGAGGAACACUACAGUCUCCUGGACAGCUUCCAUAAGAGACUCCUCCCACGCCGCCUGUCCCUGCACCCCCGCAGUCUGCAGGGCCUCACCAUGACCCUGGAGAAUGACCGUUCCAGCCCCAGUCUGCAUGAGAUGGGUCACUUCAUCAUCCCUGUGUCAUGUGACCCGACGCUGCUGCAGAACUUCCUCCAGAGCCAUGCCCAGGAGGCUCGCAAGCGUAUGAGACACAAAGUCCAACUGGAGGCAGAGGAAGAAGAUGUGGUUCUGAGUUGUAUACAGGAUCUGUCUUUGAAGAGUCUGUCCAAAGAGCCCAGCGUGUCCAGCAGACAGAUGAUUCCCUGCUGCAGGAGGCUGAUGGAGGACCGGUCUCCACAGAUGCAGGGGCUGCGUCUCUGUGUGUCCCAUUUCUACUCUGUCAUGCAGGACGGAGACCUAUGCAUCCCCUGGGACUGGAAGAGAUGAGACACACAUCUCUCUGUUACACACAUUCUCUCUCUCUCUCUCUCCCCCUCUCUGUCUCUUUCUCUCUCUCACUUACUUACAUACACACACACACACAGUCGCAUAAACAGAGCACCAGGUUUAUAUGACAGCCUUUUGCACACGCAAAGUUUUGAGGUUCUGCAAAGUCGGUAGCCUAAGACAGGCGGUUGAGGUAUUUUUAAUACACCAAUGUGACGGUUGCUUUCAGGUGCUAAAGGUCCUCCAGCUGUCUGAAUGUUUGUGUUUCUACUAUCUUCAUUUGCAACUCAUAACACGCUCUGAACACUGAAGCUACUAUUUGAAGUGGUUGAUGUAUAUGAAAAUGCAUUUUAGCAUUUAAGUGUGGAUUAAGUUUUUUGUGAACUUUAUGAUAUCACCACAAGCAUGUAACUAAAAUUCCUCAUGCCUCACAAAGGGAAAUCUCUGUAUGUGAAAGCCCAGAAUGAAGUCUCAUUUCCAGGAUCAAUUUUAGGGGUUAAGAACAUAGUGUAGAACAGUAUUUAUAAACUAUGACUGCAAAGAAAGACAAUCUAAAGAGAACAUGGCUCACUAACAGAGUUUAUGGGAUCUUUGAGGUGAACCAUACUGACAAAUUCAAAGAUAUUA